ACACCAUGGAUGGCAAAGGGAUGUCCUCCCUAUCCAGCUACUUGGCCGGGCUGACUUCCUUCCUCCCUGCCUCCCUUCUUCUCUUCAUCAAAUUCAGCUGAGAUUUGAGGUUACCUAAUAGAUACUAAGCUAGCACUGUGAGGGAACAUAGAUGCAUAGGUGGUACAGAGCUACCUAGAGGCCCUGGCGCCAGACUCCAGCACACUGUGGCCUCCCUAGGGAAGCAGCAGUGUCACAGACAUGGCCGGACAGAAGGAGUAUCUGAGGGAGGAGGAAGGAGCCUGAGCUGGAUGGUUGCUCCCCUGGCUGAGAUUCCGAUAGUGAGAUUCUCAGAUGCUGCUUCCCUCUGGUGGCCACCCAUUGCCCUGCAACUCAGAGACCACGUGAUUUCAGGGAAAAGGACCUCCCAGGAGGGGAACUGAAACUUAGGGUGGGGACUGUAGAAAUAGGGAGGAGUCAACAGGAAGCUCCCUAGCCGGCAGCGGAGCUGAGGUCAGCUGAGCUCUGGACUGCCUGCACAGCCGCUCAGGAUGGCAUCAGGCAGGGCACGCUGCACCCGAAAGCUCCGGAACUGGGUGGUGGAGCAAGUGGAGAGUGGACAGUUCCCAGGGGUGUGCUGGGAAGAUGCAGCUAAGACCAUGUUCCGGAUUCCCUGGAAGCAUGCAGGCAAGCAGGACUUCCGGGAGGACCAGGAUGCUGCCUUUUUCAAGGCCUGGGCGAUAUUUAAGGGAAAAUACAAGGAGGGGGACACAGAAGGCCCUGCCAUCUGGAAGACUCGUCUGCGCUGUGCUCUCAACAAGAGUACUGAGUUUGAGGAGGUUCCUGAGAAUAGCCAUAGGGAUGGGGCUGAGCCCUACAAGGUGUAUCGACUGCUGCCACCAGGAACCCUCCCUGCUUCACCAGCAACCCAGAAACCACCAUCAAAGAGACACCACAGCUCUGUGUCCCCCGAGAGGGAGGAGAACGAAGAAACCACGAAGAACUGUAUACUCAGUCCCUCCUUGCUCCAGGACCCCCUCAGAAACGAGGAGGUGGAGGCCAAUGGGGGAGCUGGCCAUUCAGACUUUGGGAGCAGCAGUAGCAACAGUCCUGAGCCUGAGGAAGGCGCAGACACAAGUGAGGCCCCUUUCCAAGGAGAGCAGGUAUCUCUGGAGCUUCUGCCCCCUCCUGACUCAGACUACUCGCUGCUGCUCACCUUCAUCUACAAUGGGCAGGUGGUGGGCGAGGCCCAGGUGCAGAGCCUGGACUGCCGCCUCGUGGCUGAGCCCUCAGACUCUCAGUGCAGCAUUGAACAGGUGGUGUUUCCCAAGCCUGGCCCGCAAGAGCCCACCCAUCGCCUGCUGAGCCAGCUUGAGAAGGGUGUCCUGGUGGCCAGCAACUCCCGAGGCCUCUUCGUGGAGCGCCUUUGCCCCAUUCCCAUCUCCUGGAGUGCGCCCCAGUCCCCACCUGGUCCAGGCCCACAUAUGCUGCCCCCCAAGAAGUGUGUGGAGCUCUUCAGAACCACCCACUUUUGCAGAGACUUGCAGAAAUACUUCCAAGGCCUAGGCCCCCAACCCAAGUUCCAGGUGACACUGAAUUUCUUAGAGGAGGACCCUAGCCCCAACCACACCCCACAGAGUCUUAUCUCAGUGCAGAUGGAACAGGCCUUUGCCCGGCAAUUACUGCAGGAGACUCCAGAGGACCAGACAGCCACUCUGUCCCUGGUGCAGAGCCUGGGGGACCUACCUUCCUCCUCUCCACUCUCUUCCUAUUUCUUUGAGACUCAUUCUCCACAUUAUUGACCUGCCUCCCUCAGUGAUAAUUCUUAGUGGUUUUCUGUGAUGGUUAUGUCCUUGAACUCCUCAUAUUAUCCGGCUGGUUUUUAUCUUUUUUUUUUUUAAUUUGUUUGUUUUUGUUUUGUUUUUUGAGAUAUACCCUCUUUUCUCUCUGAGGAAUUGAACUGGGAAAUGGUGUGAACUCAGGGGGACAUUUCCUUUUCCCCCAACCCCAAAGCCAAGCACUUUAUAUUUUCUUUUUAAAUCUUCACUAAGGAUUUAAAAUAAAAUUUUAUUGAAAAGGGAA